GGACAGAAAGCUGGCAGAAAGUUCUCCAGGAAGACAGUUGCCGUAAUCAACGGUGGAGGUCGAUAGCAACCUGAGCCAGCGUGCUUCUCAGGCCGCUCCGGCCAAAGGCACCACACGGAUGAAAUGUGGACUUCCUCCUCCCCGUGGUCCCGCCCUCCGUUUCCGGUUCCGGGGAGGGCCAAGCUUUCUUGGAAUUGUAGGGGCUCAGUGAUCUGGUGAGGAUGGUUGUCGCGCCGCUACUGUUGUUGGGAGGGUUGUGGAGCGCCGUGGGAGCGUCCAGUCUGGCUGUGGUUACUUGCGGCUCUGUGGUGAAGCUCCUCAACACGCGCCACAACGUCCGACUGCACUCACAUGACGUGCGCUAUGGGUCAGGUAGUGGACAACAGUCAGUGACAGGUGUAACGUCUGUGGAUGACAGCAACAGUUACUGGAGGAUACGGGGGAAGACAGCCUCAGUGUGUGAAAGGGGAACUCCCAUCAAAUGUGGACAGCCCAUCCGGUUGACACAUGUCAAUACUGGCCGAAACCUCCAUAGUCACCAUUUCACUUCACCUCUUUCUGGAAACCAGGAAGUGAGUGCUUUUGGUGAAGAGGGUGAAGGUGAUUAUCUGGAUGACUGGACAGUGCUCUGUAAUGGGCCCUAUUGGGUGAGAGAUGGUGAGGUGCGGUUCAAACAUUCAUCCACCGAGGUACUGCUGUCUGUCACAGGAGAACAAUAUGGUCGACCCAUCAGUGGACAAAAAGAGGUGCAUGGCAUGGCCCAGCCAAGCCAGAACAACUACUGGAAGGCCAUGGAAGGCAUCUUCAUGAAGCCCAGUGAGUUGUUGAAGGCAGAAGCUCACCAUGCAGAGCUAUGAGUCUGCACGUUUCACGCCACUGUCACCACACAGUGUUCAUAGACAUCCGUUGCUGCUUCAUCCUGGGAUCUCUGUCCCAAGAGUCUUGGGGAGCGGCCAGGUCCCCACUGAGGCAAAGGUGCAUAGUAGAAAACUGGCUGUUUGGAAGAUGCAGCCUUUCAAAGUUUAAUUCAUUGUUCCACCUGUCUUGAGUCAGUCUGAGUAGAGAACCUGGUAAAGGGCCAGGUGCUUUUUAUUCACACCAAUAAGAGAAAUGAGGG